GCGCAGGCGCACUAAUUGCAGGUUUAACAGGCAGUUUCAGUGCAGGGCCUGCCUGAGUUGCGGUUGUGUUCGAGUUGUACUCUUCGUAUCUUUUAUAUCAAAAUGUUGUCACUUCGUAGACUUUUACUGGUAGGCAGGAAGGGUACGGCGGUAUGGCGUCGAGGAUGCGCUGGCUCUCCAAUUCCUAUUGACGACAUAAUUAAUGGACUGACUGAGGAGCAGAUGCAGCUUAGGCAAACAAUACAACGAUUUUGCCAGGAGCAGCUUGCCCCUAAGGCCCAGGCCAUUGACAAAGACAAUGAAUUUAAAGACAUGAGGAAUUUUUGGAAAAAGCUUGGAGACCUUGGGGUCCUUGGAAUAACAGCUCCUGUUGAGUUUGGGGGCUCAGGAAUGGGCUAUCUGGACCAUGUUAUUGUCAUGGAGGAAAUUUCUCGUGCUUCAGCUGCUGUUGGCUUAAGUUAUGGUGCUCAUUCAAACCUAUGUGUUAAUCAACUGGUUCGAAAUGGCAACCAUGCCCAAAAGGAAAAGUAUCUGCCCAAGCUUUUAAAUGGCGAGUAUGUUGGUGCUUUGGCCAUGAGUGAACCAAACUCUGGCUCUGAUGUUGUCUCCAUGAAGUUGAGAGCAGUGCAUAAAGGUGAUUAUUAUGUGCUUAAUGGCAAUAAAUUCUGGAUCACUAAUGGUCCUGAGGCAGAUGUUCUAAUAGUAUAUGCCAAGACAGAGGCCAAUGCCAAGCCCAGCUCACAUGGCAUCACUGCUUUUAUUGUAGAAAAGGGUAUGCCCGGGUUUAGCACUGCACAAAAACUAGACAAGUUGGGAAUGAGAGGUUCCAGCACCUGUGAGCUCAUCUUUGAAGACUGUAAAGUUCCUGAGAAAAAUAUGCUGGGCCACUUGAACAAAGGAGUUUAUGUGCUGAUGAGCGGUUUAGACUUGGAACGACUGGUGUUGUCAGCUGGGCCCUUAGGGAUUAUGCAGGCAGUCCUUGAUCAUUCCAUUCCAUACAUGCAUGUGAGAGAAGCAUUUGGACAGAAGAUUGGUCACUUUCAGCUGUUGCAAGGUAAAAUGGCAGAUAUGUACACACGCCUGAGUGCAUGCCGGCAGUAUGUAUACAGUGUUGCUAGAGCUUGUGACAGAGGACACUUCAGUGCAAAGGACUGUGCCGGAGUCAUUCUUUAUGCAGCUGAAUCAGCGACUCAAGUUGCUUUAGAUGGCAUUCAGUGUCUCGGUGGAAAUGGCUACAUCAAUGAAUAUCCAAUGGGGCGUUUUUUACGAGAUGCAAAACUGUAUGAGAUUGGAGCUGGUACCAGUGAAAUCCGAAGGCUGGUCAUCGGUAGAGCAUUUAAUGCAAUGUUCAAGUGAGCUCUUAUGCUCCAGCAGUCUAGAGGAAACAAAAGAUACAUUUGGAAAUUCAUUGAAAUAUAUUGGGCUUUAAAGUACACUUUAGAAGCACACAAAGCACAUACCCUUGUGAUUCUCAAUAGAUUUUCUAAUUGUGGUAUUUUAUAACCAAGAAGUGAUAUUAUGAGCCUGUUAAAAGCACAGAGUUUGAUUUAAUUAGCUCUACUUGUACUAUUCCAUCACAGUCCAUAUAUAAUUAAACUGGUUACAGCAAAUUGGUUGCUACUUUGCUUAUAAUUUUACUGAACUUAAAUGGCGCCUCUAAAUUACCCAUACAAGUGUAGGUGGGCUUUGCGAUGGACUGGCUUCAUGUCCAAGGUUGUUUCCUGUUGCGUGUCCAGUGCUGUUCCUGUGCCCCACAUAGAGUUGGAUUAAGCAGGUUUGAGAGUACAGUAUAUGCAUUCAUGUACUACAGUUAACUGGAUGUAUUCUAGAGACCCUCAAUGAACUGGUUAUAUUUGCCAAUUUUCUUGGUUUUCUCAGCCCCAUCCAUUUUUAAACCUGCUAAAUCUAUUUAGCUUGAAAUGAGGCACACAUUUAUUAAAAAUAAAAUUCUUCGUGAAUACCUGACGUUGAACUCACAAAGUGAACAUGUAUGCUGUGCAUUGUCAUGUUACAGAUAUGCUUCAUAUCAGACACCUAGUAAAGUCCCCUAGUGCUUUUCAAAACUAUGCGACUGCAUCUCGUGUCAUAGCUUAUUGCAAGCUGCAUAGAUGGCUGCCAGUGAAAUUUUUUUUUCUUAGUUGAAUGUAAGGUCAGUUGAUUUCCCAGAUGUUGGAAAAGAGUCACCUGGCUGUAAAGUAAUAUGUUAUAUUAAAAUAUAAAUGCUGGCUAA